GUGCAACAGUUGUGGACCAAGUAAGGCUGCAACACACAAAAUUGCUUCCAGCCCUCUAUUUCUGGCUCCUCGAAUCCUUCUUCGCCAUGGUCUGGCCACUCUCUACUCCGUAUAUUGUGUAUGAUGAGCAUGAAAGACUCGCGACCAAUCACGUACCUCGUUGACCUGUCAUGGAGAAUUGACAACAGGCAUGGGCCAAAUGUUUGGGCGGCUAAGCGCCAACCAUUGGCCACUCUAACAUGACCUUAAGCCCCAUACAGAUGGCCGGCGCGUAUGUCGACCUCACCUCCUACAAUCAGCGUCAAACACACGGCCUGACGGAUGGCCUUUUGGCCACUGAGUACGCGGCGAUUGUCGCUGUGUGCUAUGGAUAGAAUAAGUAUGGAUCAGGCAUUUCAAAACCGUGACUCCGAACGCCAUUGAUUGCUCUUUCAUCUCUCUUCUUAAAACUUCAUCCUGACCUUUGUUGCGUGGCCUUGUUACGAGUGUGCUCUUUCUUUCCUUUCCUUGUCUCUGUCUCUGUGUUGCCUCUUUUCGCCUGAUCAUGGCAAGCCUCAACAAACAAUAGCCUGCGACAAUAGGAACUCCUCCCCCAAUACCUUUCGUUUAUUCAAUAGCUUUGUUCUCUGGCACGCCUACCAUUUGGCUCGAGACCCCCGCUCUUUACUCAAUAUAUUCUCGAUACUUUCAAUCUUCGUUUCAGUCAGACUUAGACAGUCAAUUAAAGCAUCACUCAUGUCGAUUCACACACAUUCACUUCUAUAACAACAAACACAACCAAGACAACCUGUUUCCCUUGCUCUACCGAAGCCCUGACUUGCUCCGACAAUAGCUUUGAUAGCUACUCAACUCGCCAUUCAAACUAUCACAUACUUGGGAUCCAAGGCCAAUAUGUCAAACACUUCACGACUACAAGUGGCUCAGCCAAAACCUGGUGCCAACUCACAUUGCGACAACCAAAGCAACCCAUUUGAUACUCCCUUUGAUGAGCUGGACUGGGAUGAAGAAUCUCUCGACGAGAAUGGCCGUGAUACGAAUUUCCCAGACGACAAAUCCGACGUUUCUCGCAUGACACAAUGGCCGACAUUUUCUAACUUACCAGCACCGCCGAUGCCACAGAAGCCCCAAAUGAAGACCCGAAAGUCAGUAAAGCGGUCUUCAGUAAUCAAGCCCACGAGAGAAAAGUCAAAGCAACGUCAAAAGAAACAGAACGAGAGGGCCGGCAUCAAGCUCAACACGAAUGUCGCACGCCAUCGAGCUCUCACUCCAGCAGUUACACAACCCAAAACAGAUGCGGCUGGUCCGUUACCUGCGGCGGACGCUGGUCGGUUUGUGGAUCUGGCUGCUCUUCAAUCUCUUGAAAGUCGAGCCGCCCCUCCAAACAAUGGGGGAUUUUGGAAGAAUCUCCUUGGCAAUGCACCAAAUCCUUCAGUAGCGGUACAACACACUCCCGAUCAGCAGGGCAGUUCUAACGAUGACGCCGCAGCAAAGGCUGAUUCGAUUCCUGGAUUUGCCAACCGAAGGGCAAAAGACCUAAAGCCUCCUUCUCUGACAAUGGAAGGAGAUCUAUCCCCUAGUGACAGGCCCAUAGUUAUUGGAAUAUCGAUACCUUCAGCCAGACUGCAACAACAUAUCACAAGUCCACACACUGCUGGCUCGGAUACUUCGAACAUUCUAAAUUGCUACGAAUCACAAACCCCCAGAGAAAAUGCUCCAGAGACACCAGUCAUCGUUAUCACACCAGCCGAGGUGUCAUAUUGGUCGCCAAUCAGUGCAAACACAGUGACGCCACAGUCAAGGAGAGUUGCAUCAAGUGUGUACUCACGACCCGCCAGUUAUUCUCAUACCUCAAACCAACAAGAAGAAAUCCCUCCCAUGCCUCAAAUAUCGCAAUCUAUUCUAAAUGGCCGGAAAGCUGGAAGGGAAUCAGUCGGUACUAUUUUCGCGGAAGACGAAGAUGAUGACGAUGUUCUUUCAGCUCGGCCCAAGAAGCUCAGAAUAGGGACGGGUGCUAUUUUGGAAGAGGAUGAGCAACAGAUAUUGACAAGGAAAAAUCGGUCCGGAUCCGAUGGUAGUGAGAAGAGACCCAAGAGCAUGCUUUCACCGAAUGACCGCAGGACGUCGACUGGUUGGUGGAGUACGAUUCUCUCGCCAUUUUUAGCUCGAUCUAAUACGGUAAACUUCCCAUCAACCGCGAAACAAGGAGAGAGCCCUAUAGUUCCGGAUGUCGCCACACCUGAUACAAAAAGUGGCCCGGGCGAGUUCCGCUUUUGGGAGAAGGCUCUUUCACCAAAAUCACCUUUGUCUUCAACAACCAUUGCGUCCGAUGACUGGUGGGACAAUCGAAAUACUAUCGAUGGAACCCCUAAGUGGGAUGGAACUGAUUCAAAAUUCAAGGAUGGGAUUUACACCUACAAAGCAGAAGAAUCAUACGGGACACUCCCUUUGACGCUGUCACGCAGCACUCGGGCCGCAGCAACUGCGAAUCGCCCACAGCAAAAUCUAGAUGUGGACCCUAACAAUGGAACGCGUGAACUUCAAAGGGAUCAGUCUUUGGCAGUGCGGUCAGACAGAAGCUCAAUUCUCAGUCCUGCUGAUAGAGAAGCUCCAUUCAUGCUCGAUGACCCAUCAGUAACGUCUGUCGAUCAUUCAGUUGCGUCUACAAGCACUGGCAAUCAACAAACUGCUCCCCAAGGCCCAAACGCCGCGCCGCCAGCCAUGAACAACACACCCACAGCGACGCAGUCCCAAGCUAGCCGAGAGAAUGCUCCAAAAGUCGUCACUCCUGCAGCCCCACCUCCAUACUCUCCACCACGACCAGGGUUUCCUAAAUAUGCAGCUGUCUAUCCACCUGGCCAUAGCUCAUCUGCCCAGCAACCUCAGUCUCCUGGACCACUCUCCCCUGGUCUGCAACAAGCAAUGUCAUCAACGGGCGCUAUUGCACUGACAGAUGUCCCAUUGACCCCAGCUACACGAAGAGUCAUCAACCUGAAUUCGGGUUAUCCGACUUUGCCACCGCCAACGGUUGGCCGAGCGGUAAACCCAGUGGACCUCGAGAUUGCGUCAGAGAAGGCACGUAAAAUUGAUGCCAAACGUCGGAGGCAUGAGAAGGAAGAAGUCGUAGCCCAUAAAGCAGGUGGACUCUGGCGUGGACGGGGAUGCAUUUCCAACAGAGGCUGCUAUGGAAGAACCGGUCCAGAAGGUCGAAAGCGAAGGAGAUGCUGGCUUGGUGUAAUUUUUGCGUUGAUCGGAUUGACGAUAUUAAUCGUCACCCUUGCGACUCAGCUGCACAGGUCCACUCCAAAUGUUGAGGUUCCGUCGCAGUGGGUUAACUUGACAGUUUUUCCACCAAUAUACACCGGCGUGUCAAUGGUAUCAUCCACAGCAAACAAUGUGGCCAACACAGGCUGUGUAUACCCGAAGACUGUCUGGAGUUGUGCUCUUCCGAAAGAACUUCAGGCGUCGGUUGCCCCGAACAAGCCAGAACAGCCAAAACUGAAACUCCUCAUUCAGUGGGAUAACAGCAGUGCUGCAAACGCGACCUGGGGCGGUCCAACUGGGGCACAAGUUCGUAGGUCUGCUGGCAACCCAGUCAAUGCCAGUCAGUUCUUGAAGCGUCUGGCGCUGAAGGCUAGGCAAGCAGUCACGUUCUCACCCUCACCUGCAGCACCUACCAUUGCAGAGCAAGGUUUCCUGGGCAAUACCACCGAUGGCAUUGUAUCUGACAACAAAUCCGGGGAGCGAACACCAUUCUACAUUACCUUUCUCAAUCCCCAAGCAGCCGCCAAAGCUUCGACGAAACUGUCAACAAGACAGGAGAAACAAAAUGCGACCACCGCAUUCCCCGAUCUCGGCAAAUUGAUCCCACCCCCAGAGCUGAACGCCGACGGCACUGCCGCACCCGCAAAUCUCCUUCCAACACCUGAGCAGCAGCCUCUCCGGCUCUUCGACCGCGGGCUUCCCACUGAACACUACGGGUUCUACACGUACUUCAACCGCUCUAUCUUCCUGAAGUCGACCGCCCUCCUCAAUGAAACGAACUUGGGCGACGGUGAGGUGCCAGAUGAUCUCAACGGCGGCUGCGCAGAAUCCGAAGCACGCUUCCGAUGCACGUGGUCGCAGACCCGCUUCUUGGUGCAGAUGUGGACGAGGAAGGACGCCAACAGCGCCGUGCUGCUUAAUUCAACGGCUACAUCUAGCAGCAGCGGGACUGUUACCACCACCAUCCUAGGACAGGAUAACUCGGCGUUCCCAUACCCAAUUACUAUCACGACUGAUAGGCACGGUGGCGAUCCUACGAAGAAGGGGGUGUUUUGUUAUGAGAUUGAUGAGAGGGAGAAAGUUGUGGCGGGGAGUGGAAAGGUAAGGCCGGAGUUCAGGGCAUUUGGGGGGACGUUGGUGAAUCAGGCGCCGAAUGCGUUUGAUACUACGAGUAGUAAUGCGGCGCUGGGGGGGUUUGAUGGAGGGAAUUCGGGGUGUAGUUGUACGUGGGCGAAUUGGCAUCCUGCUACUUGAGUGGGGGCGAUGGGAAAUAUUGGGAAAUGCGAAAUGGAAUAUGGGAGAAUGGGAAAUAUCAGGAAAUGGAAAUGGGAGAAUGGACAGGGGCGUUAUAUUUUGUGCAUUAUCCGGGGCAUAGCAUAUUAGAUGAUUAGAUGUCUUUGUACGAAAAUCACACGAUGUUUGAG